AUGAUUGAUACUGUCCACAUGAAGAGAUGCCCAGUAGACUGGUACUAUCUGCCUGGAUGCAAUCAUGAUAUAACUCUGGAUCCGAUUUUCUACAAAGAGCAUGGCCUACGUUUCCAUAAUCAGAGUCCUCAGGAACCUCAAGCUUGCAUCGACCUGUUCAAGAAGUACCCCUCCAUCACCUACCUGAACCACGAAUCGUCCCAUAUAUAUUUGAAGAGAGAAGACGGCCCACGAACGAGCUUCAAGGUCUUUGGCUCACCUUAUUCGCCCGCCAAUGGUAUCUGGGCUUUUAGCUAUCCACCUGAACAUGCUUCGCUGUUGUGGGAUCAGAUCCGUUUAGACACCGACAUUGUGAUUACGCAUACGCCUCCCAAAUACCAUUGUGACGAGUCGAGGUAUAACGGAGCGUCAGGUUGCAAGACUUUGCGCGAGACGUUGUGGCGUGUCCGGCCCUCACUAGCGAUUUGCGGGCAUGUACAUGAGGGCCGGGGUGCGGAAAGGAUCUUGUGGGAUCUGGAUUGCCAGAACGUCAAGUUCAAGGAGAGUGCUACUGGAUACUGGACAGAUCCCGGCCUCGGAUUUGGCAACAGGAAGCAAUCCCAUCUUGAUUUGUCUGCUAAAUCACUACGUCCACUGAAUGGAACUUGGAUCGAUGCACCUGAUGGAAUCAAUCUCGAUGGGCCGGCAGAGACAUUUGGAAAACCCCCACAGACUCGGGAAUCGACACACAGCCUUGCAUGGACGCUUGCCACAUCUGGGCCCGGCACUUCGAUCUCUGGAGCAUCUUCCGAGGAAAUUCCAUCUCCUGUGCUGGACAGUAUUUACCCACUCGCUUACAAUCAAGAAGACGUCUGCAAGGCGAGGAGGUCCGAGACCGUCACACCUGCAUAUGACGUACCAAAAUCUGAAGUAUCCUCCAAGGGAAACCGAUUUAGAGCUUUUAAAGAGGCCCCCCGUGUAGCCGAAGACCGAGGAAGCGCUCCAGCGUAUGCAAGCCUCACAUGUGACAUCCAUUCAGCAACCCAAGGCCAGGGAGGAUAUCCGCCAUCCGGGCGUUGUGACCUUGAAGCUUUGGUAGAGCGAAGAGGCAGAAAAGAGACUUGUGUCAUCAACGCGGCGAUCAUGGCCUCAAGUUGGCCUUACACGUUGAAAGCCAACAGCAAAUACAACAAGCCUAUCAUCGUCGAUAUCGAUUUACCGGUUUGGCAAGAUUCAGAGUAA